AUAAUUUAUCAGAUCACGAUUAAAAACAGUUAUUUCCAUAAUUAAAAGUUUAUUCGAGAACAGUAAGAAUUUGGUGAUUUAGUGAAAUCAAUUACUUGCUAGUUUAACACUGCUUUAAAAUAAAAAACUCUUGAUCGUUACUUUCGAUAUAAUUAUUAAAACAAAUAUUGGAUCAGUAUUUAAGAAUUUCAUGACAGAGUCAAAAAAAAAAGAGCCAAAAAUUAUAGGAGACAGAAAAAAGAUAUAGAAAAAAAAAAAAGAAAUAAAUAAAAAAAGAAAAAAGAAAAAAGUAAAAAAAAUUAUCCGAAGGAAUAAAUAUUCAUGAUCGGUUUUUGCCAGCCGAGUGAGAACCGACUUUGUUGGCUGAGGCCGCCCUCGAUGGCGGCAUUGUCGCUUAGUGUGGACCCCUAUAGAAUCAGAGCUACGGGGCAGUCAAAUGUCUCGUAAAGGAGUUCCCUCCGCUUCUAAGUCAAAACAAGUCCCGCGAAUCUUUCGUAACCGUCGAGCUCCAUCGUUCGCUCGUGUUUGGACUCACGUGGACGUCGGUAUCGGUUCAAUUACAUCGGAGCAAAACGAUACGAAUUCUCUAACGUCUUCUCCGGACGAAAGGAAAAGACGAAUCGACGAUAAAAAAGGAAAAGUGAAAGCAAGAAACAACGAGGAAGCGAUCGGUUAUACCGAAAAGGUUUGGUGCUUGGAUUAUUCGUCGAUUCACAACGGUGUUUUUUCAGACGGUGGUGCUGAUUUGAUCGAAAAGACAACAGACGUUGAGACAGUUGCCGACAUCGAGAAAUGGUUGAAAACACGAACCGAGUCCGUGUCAAGCAUGGACUUAGACGUUAUCAAGUCGGAGGUAGAAGAAGGCGUCGAAAGAUAUUUGAACAACGAAUUGCCACACUCUUUCCUGGGAAAGGAUCCUGAUGCACUGUCUAUAGAUAUAGAUUUGUCCGAUAAAAAACUUAACCUGAGUUACGAGCAUUCCAUACUCCAAGAAUUUCAGACUGAAAAGCUGUUGGAGGUUUGUGAAAAGGAUGAUGAAUUCAUACUGCCUGAAUUUAGAUUGGACCAACUCGAUCCUUUAUCUCUUUCACCCGACGAUAUGAUGGUAGCUGGAGAAAUUUUACCAUCUACCAGUGGUCCAACGGCUUUGAAUACACCUAACGAACAUCUAACUGAUACGUCUAUUCAGUCAGAAGAAGGAGUGCAGUUGGUAGGUGAAGGAGACGAAACAGAGAAUCAUACUUCGGCAGAUGAUUCUGUAGAAAUGGCAGAUUUACCUAUUGAUUUUGAAAAUAUCGAUGUUAUGCAAGAAACUUCAGGAGCUAAUAAUAUUGUUUCUUCUUCUAAAAGUACAUCAAACUCUUUUACAGAUGUAUUUAAUAAUGAUAAUGUUAUAGAAAAUACAACAGGUAUUAUUAAUAUAGCUAACUCAGGCAAUAUAAUUAUGGAACAAUUAAAAUCAAAGGCACGAAUAAAAUUGGAGCCAAGAAUUAUCAAGAAGCGUAGGAGAAUAUCUGAAAAAUUUGAUAAAAAAAUAGAAUCGAAAGAAGGCGUAAUGGCUGUUGUUGCUAUAUCAACUGACAAAAUUUCUAAUAUGACGCAAAUUGUUAUUAAUACUGGUACAGAGGAACAAAUAUAUCAGGGUAAAACUUCAGAAUUGAUUGAAGCUACCGGAAAUUUUCCAAAACUGCCGAGAAUAGAUACUUCUCCUGGUUGGACUGGAACUUCCGAAUGUAAUUCUGAAAUGAACCCGAGCAAUCAGCAUGAAAUGAUAAUAUCUAAUGCUUUAGCAGAAUUAGGUGUUACAGAUGACAAUUUGCAACCUAUUACGAUAACCGAGCAAGGGAAAUUGUGGUUAUGUCCACGAGAAGAUUGUAAUAGACAAUUUAGUAGACUUUAUGCUUUAAAAGGACACUUGCUAGCUCAUUAUGGAGUAAGACCAUUUAAGUGCGAUUAUGAAGGAUGUGCAUGGGCAUUUUAUUCUGAAUUUAAAUUAAAACGACAUAAAGAAACUCAUUCAAAACGUAAGGAUUAUGUUUGCCAAGUACAAGGUUGCAAUAGAAGAUUUACUACCAUAUAUAAUUUAUGGAGUCAUGAGAAGUUACAUAGUCGUCCAAAUAGAAUUACGUGUCAAGUACCAAAUUGUCAGGAAAAAUUUCAAACGAAAAGAGCACUUGAGUUGCAUAUGAAAUCACAUGAUCAGAGUCAUGCUCCUUAUGUUUGUAAACAUGAAGGUUGUGGUAAAAGGUAUUAUAGUAGUAAUGCAUUAACAUCACAUCAGAGGUGUCACAGUUACAAAGAAAUCGAUGUAAAGUGUUCAUGGCCCGGAUGUGGUAAGGUAUUUGAUAAACCGUGUAGACUCAAAGCACACAUACGUUCUCACACUGGGUGUAAGCCAUAUCUUUGCACUUUUCAAGGCUGUCAGUGGGCUUUUUCAUCAUCCAGUAAGUUGAAAAGGCAUCAAAAAAAGCAUACUAAUGAACGGAAAUUUAUAUGUGAUGUUGCUUCCUGUGGAAAAGCAUUUAUGAGGUCUGAGCAUCUUAAAGAACAUAGAUUGACGCACAAGGAAGGGAGGUACUUUCAAUGUUACAUAUGCAAUACACAAUUUUCUGCAAAAAGUAGUUUAUAUGUACACAUUAAGAAACAUCAAAAUAAAGAAGACAUAGAAAGAAAUUCGCGCGAAUCUUCAAAUAGUCAAAAACGUGUUAAAAUGACAGAAUCUCAUUGUUCUAGAGUAAAUCCUGUUAUAAAAUUGAAAAAAAAAUCUAUAGAAUUUAACAAAGAACUUAUUUCCCAGAAUGCUUCUGUACCAGUAUUGUCUCAACCAUGUGAAACGAGUUUAAAUAAUGGCAAUGAAAAUCAAAGUUUAAAAGUUAUAACACAUCAAGAUGAAAUAAAAACUUUAUAUCAUUGUCCUGUAGAGACAUGUACAAGAUCGUAUAGUACAAAAGCCACAUUAAGAGCGCAUAUGUCGAAAAUACAUGGUACACCUAUUGGAGAUUGUGAUAAAUCAUUAAAAAGUAGAGCUACUGACAUUACAACUACUAAUACGGACUACAUUUUAUAUGCUACACCUUCUUCAACAUCAGAACCCACAGAGCAAAUGAUCAUGGUAACGCCUUGCGAUGCUGUUAUUGUUAGCGCAUCUUCGGAAAUGAAUUCUUUGCCUGAAACACAACCACCUCUCUUAGGCACAGUGCUAAGAAAUGAUUCUAUCCAUGAAAAUGCAACAAAUGAACAAUUAUUGCAAUCAAAUCUCAGAAAAGAUCAUGGCUCUGCAAGGACCAGUUUGACAUUUUCAGAUGUGUGGAAAUUAAAGACAAAUGGUGCAUCCAUGAACUCUGUUGCAGGAGCAUCUGAUGUUAUAUUAGGUGCAAGUGAUAUGGAAGAAGAAUUAUUGUUUACUGAAGAAUUACCAUCAAUGUAUUAUCAAGAUGAUGUGGGAGGAACAGAAUAUCAGGUUUUAUUACUUGAUUCAGGACCAUCAGAAAGUGCUGUAAAUUUGCGUGGUCUUGAAUAAUGUGUUAAAUGUUUCAAUAUUAUUAAAAAAAAGUGGUCACUAUUAUUUUAAGUAUAGUAUAGAAUUGAAUAUGGUCUGUGAUUGAGGGCCGUUUUGAGCCCACGAUUUAUUUGUAUAACAGUCCAUAAUUGCUUUACACAUCGUUAUUUUAUUAAUAAAUUGUUGAUAUUUUUUCAUAAAAA